AUGGCCGGACAGACGUCGGAGGGAACGGAUGGGAAGGCUUUGGGAGUUACCUUGACCAUGUUGGCCGGAGUUUUUCACAGACUCUAUACGGAGAUCGGACUGCAAGCAUGGCUGGCGGCGCCUCGAGAUACCAAGAUCCUCUGCCUUCAACGAUACUUCCGAUUCUUUGCAUACGGAGGUUCCACCCUCAUUCUCGUCCUGUACUUGUCAAGCCUGGAUAUCUCCAAGCAGAAGAUUGGCCUGUUCAUGACCUUGACCCUGCUGGGCGAUGUAUUGAUCAGCCUGGUCUUGACCGUUGUUGCGGACAGAGUUGGCAGACGGCCAAUGCUGGCCGUGGGGGCAUUCUUGAUGGCCGUGAGUGGCAUCGUGUUUGCAUUGUCCGACAACUUCUGGGUCUUGCUGUUGGCCAGCGUGGUCGGCGUCAUCAGUCCAAGGUACAGUACCAUCGCUGCCCUGACGAGCCCUCGAAGCUGUCCACUGAUUGCAUCUAGCGGGAAUGAAAUAGGACCAUUCAAAGCAAUUGAAGAAUCAAUCAUCUCCCACCUCACUCCUUCUGUAGAAAGGAGUGCUAUCCUGGCAUGGUACUUCAUUGCAGGUUCAACUGGCGCCGCCUGUGGCAACAUCGUCUUCGGCUGGGUCGUGGAACUUCUGCAAGUCAAGCAUUCGUGGUCGCCAUUGGAGUCCUACCGCCUCGUCUUCUGGGCCUAUGCUCUGUUUGGUCUACUCAAAUGCAGCCUCGUAUUCAUGCUGAGCAACAGAUGUGAACUAGAGGAGAAGGUCGUAUCUCCGCCACGGGGUCCAUCACAAACGUCAGUCGACGAAGCUUCUCCGCUGCUUCGAGACGGCGAGGAGUCCACUGCCAAACACGAUGGUUCAAAUUCAGCUGCAACGCGCUUCAAGUUUUCCGCCCGGAAUCUGCUCCCCAAUAUAUCACGAGAAACAAGGGGCAUCCUCCUCAAGCUGUGUCUUCUUUUUGCGAUGGAUAGUGUCGCAUCCGGCCUGGCACCGGUAUCUUGGAUGAACUAUUUCUUCAACCUCAAAUUCAACCUACCCGAGGGUCAGCUGGGCAGCUUGUUCUUCGUUGCAAGUAUCUUAUCCUCUUUGUCAAACUUGGCUGCACCGGCUCUGGCCCGACGCAUCGGUCUGAUCAAGACCAUGGUCUUCACCCAUGUUCCCGCCUCACUAGCCCUCGCAGCUAUCCCGCUGCCCAGCAAUUCCGCCCUGGCUAUGACACUCUUGCUCUUCCGCGCCAGCACCAACAGUAUGGACCAGGCACCUCGUCAGGCUUUCCUCGCUGCUGCAGUGCUCCCCAGUGAACGAACCGCCGUUAUGGGUGUUGUCAAUGUUGUGAAGACACUCAGCCAAAGUGUGGGCCCCGUCAUUACAGGCAUUCUUGUGAACCGACAUCUAUUUGGUCUUGCAUUCGUUCUUGCCGGUUCGCUAAAAAUCUUGUACGAUAUUUUCAUGCUUGUGAUGUUCUUGGGCUACCGAACCGUCGAAGAACGAGCAGCUGACAGUACGAGCACGCAAAAUGAAAGCGAUCCUGGAGUUGAAGCAAAUGGCGCUCAAGUUGCGUAG